GUAAUGUGAAGGGUCAUGUGAAGCUCUGUCAUAGCAGAAAUUUUCUAAAAGAUUGCUUUACCUAAUUUCAGAAAUUGAGAAGGGAUAAGUGGAAGGAGAAAAUGUUGGGCUGGUGCCAAGCGAUAGCUCGUAACCCUCACAGACUUCCAAACAGCACAAGAACACCCGAGGUCUCAGGUGAUGCUUCACAUAACUCUUCUUUGAAUGAUAAAUCCCCAGGCCGUUCCACAAGUCGAUCAAGUAAUAUUUCAAAGGCAAGCAGUCCUACAACAGGAACAGCUCCCAGGAGUCAGUCACGGUUGUCUGUCUGCCCUUCCACUCAGGACAUUUGUAGGAUCUGUCACUGUGAGGGCGAUGAUGAAAGUCCCCUCAUCACACCGUGUCGCUGCACAGGGACCCUGCGCUUUGUUCAUCAGGCCUGCCUGCACCAGUGGAUUAAGAGCUCGGACACGCGCUGUUGUGAACUCUGCAAGUAUGACUUCAUAAUGGAGACCAAGCUCAAACCUCUCCGGAAGUGGGAGAAACUACAGAUGACAACAAGUGAGAGGAGGAAAAUAGUGUGUUCAGUCACAUUCCACGUAAUUGCAAUUACCUGUGUUGUUUGGUCAUUGUAUGUUUUAAUUGAUAGAACUGCUGAAGAAAUUAAACAAGGCAAUGAUAAUGGUGUCCUUGAAUGGCCAUUUUGGACAAAACUCGUUGUAGUGGCCAUUGGAUUCACAGGGGGCCUGGUCUUUAUGUAUGUGCAGUGUAAGGUUUAUGUGCAGCUGUGGCGCAGGUUGAAAGCCUACAACAGAGUGAUCUUUGUUCAGAACUGCCCAGACACCAUCAAAAAACUGGAGGAGAAAAAUUCUUUGUGCACUCAGAGCUCAGACAUCAAGGAUGCGGUGGUGGUGCCAGUAGCACAGACAGGUACAAACUCUCAGCCAGCAGCAGAAGGAACGACAUCUGAGGUCAUGCCAGUUUGACAGAGACAGCAUUGUUUCUUCUUUGCAGUGUAAGGUGUAGUGUAUUCUACACUACAAAUGCUACAAGAAAGUAGAAAUGACUUUGCAUUUUUUUCAGUUAAAAAAACAAACAAACAAAAAACAACAACAAAAAAACCCCAUAUGAAAACCAAAACCCUACAAGGAAACUGGAUCCAGCAAAGCAACUUGUUACUGUAUGGAAUGUGACCGUUCGUGGAGUAGUUUCGCAACUAGUCAGCAAGUGUAGUGAAAGUGGAAGUGUAGAAAGUGCAAUAGAGAACAGGUUUAACAGACAAUGCCAAACCAAUGUGACAAAAGUACUUUUUCUUUUUUUAAGUGGGAUGGAUGGGAAAGUAGAAACAGACCUGAUAUAAUAACUUUGUUUACAGAGAACCAAAACCUUUAAUCUGUUUACUACUAAAAGCUGUAUUUGCUAUUUAUCUUUUUAAAUAUAUGCUUCAAAGAGUACCAAUCCAAUCAUAUGCAUUAACAAAUCCAAGUAUAGAGAGCUCUAUCACAGCACUCACUCUCUAAGCUUCAUACGGCAACGCACGUUCAUGUGACUGUAGCGGAGCCUGAAUGCUUGGGCAGCUGUGUCAACUAAGGAUAUUUUAACUGUGCCUGUAUUUUUGAAAAGUAAGCAAUUCCAACCAGUAUAAGCUCAUGUCUCCAUAAGCUUACAGGUAUAUUUUUAAAUACAGCUGUCAGCAACAUAAGUACAGGGAGAAGAUAAUAUGUAGAUAUGCAUUUAAAAGAGCAGCUCUGCUGUUUAUUUUACUAAUAAGAGUGAAUUAGACAUAAAUUUGAUAUGCAAAGUAUUGAGGCAGAAUUGUAAAUGAAAAAAAAAGCAGUUUACUGCACGAUCACACAAAAGUAAAUUGACUAUUAUCACAGGUCUGAAAAAGGAUGACACAUACUGAAGAUGGAAACCAUUUCUGGUUUUAUUUUUUAAGAUUCACGAUACAGAAAGGUAGAUGUAAGAGGACAUACCUACCUACAUAUCUUAAGAAAAUAUUAGUUUUUAUCUCCUUUUUCUGAAAAGUUAGUUUUUAUCUUCCUGGCUGAAAAAAACAAAUCAAUGGUUUCCUUCUGUACAGGUAAACUUGAGGUGUUAGAGGUUCAACAGUUCAUUUGUUAACUUUGUGUUUUGAGCAUUGUCAUAUAAAAAUGAAGUGUGAAUAGCAUUAAAAGGUGCAAUAGAUAAAUGAAUGUAGAUAUAAUACUCUGUCCAACAGAGUAUAUUAUAUAUAAAGAACCAAUUUUGUGAUUCACUUUGCAUACCUGUGGUGUUUACCAUCAGGACGCAAGCGCAAGUAUUGACUUGGAGUAGUUAUGUACUGGUGUGGACGAGUCUGGGGCCUGAACAUAAUGUAUAUUUUAAAAAAAAGUUAAAAGUUUUGGGUUUUUUUAAUCUUGUAUUUAGGUAAAGGAGGAAAAGCAAAGAAGCAGAUAAAGAACCAGAGUAAAGAGGAUAGGAGAGCACAAGUUCUUUCAAAGGGGGGUAUCUGCCACAAUUACAAGUAAACUAGAGUUCUACAGAAGGCUUGACAUUUCUAAUGGUAAAUUUUCUCUUUAUAUACUCAAGUAUUUACAAUAAAAAAGCAGAAUCAUCCCGUUCUUGCAAAUAUCCAGCAUGCUGGGCCUAAGAUGUACUGGAGUUUUUAUACUAGGUAUUCCUUUGUAAUGUUUACUGGCUUAAGGCUCAGGGAAUACUGGAAGUAGCAGUAUUAGCAAGAAACGUGUCUUUAAUCAGAUCAUUAUGUUCUUUUGUAUUGCAAUUGCUCAUGUAAUUUGGCUGUAACCGAGUGAUUGUCAUCUGGCUAGACAGAACACAAAAUCUUGGUGCUUGAAUGGAUCCUAAACAUAUGUCAGUAUUUGCUGUAAGUUACUCCAGGUGAGUUGGAUUAAUGUUAAGUUUUUUUUAUGUAAUGUCACACAAUUUUUAUAUAAAAUAACUUCCCAAUUAUACAACUGCAGAUCACAAUUGUAGCAGUUUCUCCUUUGAAAU